UUAAUUUUAAGCAGGGUGUCGAGAUAACUGUUGAAGAAGUAACUGCAUUAACUAAUACCAAGACAUUAAAAUCCUCAACUCAUUCAAAAUCACUCAGUUCAUCUUCACAGGAUGAAAUCAUUCAAGAGGGUUCUACGUCAGGAACAAAGAAUGACCAAGAUAUUCAAUUAGUUGAAGAUAUUGAUAAUGUAGCCUCUCAGGAAACAACUCAGAUUAAUAACAAUCAAGUUUCUCUAAGCCCUAAUAUUAAGGAGCAGUUUCCUAUGGAUGGUGAAAUAACUUCCAAAUCAAAACCCCUUCCCAGCAUCAUAUCUCCUAUUGCAUCUCAGUUUCCUUUAAUUCCUUCGAAAGAUUUUGAUUUGUAUUUGCAUAUGGAGAGUUUAUAUCAACAAUUUCCAGAAGUUUCUAAGGGUCACAGUAAUGGUAAUGAAAAUCAAAGUGCACAAAUCACUAAAGAAUUUGCAGCCUGGAUUAAAGCAGAAGCAGCAUCAAGGCACAAGUUGACUUCAUCACAGUUGGAGGUCUCUGCAUCAGAAAGAUUAGCAGGUGCAACUUUGUCCACCAUUUCAGAAACAAUCGAUGAGCCACCUAUACAAUUAGUUGCUCCUAAACAAAAGGCAUUUCCCUUAUUUUCCUAGUAUUCUGUUGGACACAUUUUCAAUGCAGUAAUUGAAUUAUACUACAAUCUUAAACAUCCU